GGUGCUUGUUGGCUCCAGAGUAGCGUCGUAACGACACUUUUUUCUCCAGUCCCUGUUAAAAGAGUUUGACCAGGACCAGAGUUGGUGCUGGGGGGUCGCUGAUAUAAGCUUUCCCGGGGGGCACUUGCUGCGUUUUUCCCAGCAGAUUUUUUAUUUUAUUUUAUUAUUAUUUUUAUUUUUGUACUUCUGUAUAUCGCCACUCAAGAUCUGAUACCCCUACGAGAUUUUUCCCUUUCAGAUCAUGAACAAACUAUAUGUUGGGAAUUUAAGUCCUUCGGUCACAGUCGAGGACUUGAAGGAGCUGUUUGGGGAGAGGAAGCUGCCAGUGGCCGAGCAGGUCUUUCUGAAAACGGGCUAUGCUUUUGUGGACUUCCCCGACCAGAACUCGGCCAUAAAGGCUAUAGAGACUUUAUCUGGUAAAGUUGAAUUGCACGGAAAGGUGAUAGAGGUAGACUACUCGGUUCCCAAAAAACUAAGGAGUCGGAAGAUCCAGAUCCGAAACAUCCCGCCACAUCUACAGUGGGAAGUUUUGGACGGCCUUCUAGCUCAGUAUGGUACUGUCGAAAAUGUGGAACAAGUGAACACUGACACAGAAACAGCAGUCGUGAAUGUUACAUACGCUACCAAGGAGGAAGCUAAAGAAGCCAUUGAGAAGUUGUCAGAGCACCAGUGUGAGGACUACUGCUUCAAGGUUUCCUACAUCAUGGACAUGGAUGCUGCUCAGGCCAUGCAGACCCCUCGCUCCCGGCGCGGGGGGGGGCGGCCGUCCCGGGACCAGGGCACCCCCCAACCUGGGCCCUCAGGGUGCUAUGGAGGCCCCCGCCCCAGAACACAGGACUUCCCCCUGCGCAUGCUAGUGCCUACUCAGUUUGUCGGGGCCAUCAUCGGCAAAGAGGGCCUCACCAUCAAGAAUGUCACCAAACAGACGCAGUCAAAAGUGGACGUUCAUCGUAAGGAAAACGCAGGUGCAGCGGAAAAGCCCAUCACCAUCCACUCGACUCCAGAGGGCUGCUCUGCCGCCUGUCGGAUGAUCCUGGAGAUCAUGCACAAGGAGGCCAGCGAGACCAAGACGACGGAGGACAUCCCUCUGAAGAUCCUGGCCCAUAACUGCCUGGUGGGCCGGCUCAUCGGGAAGGAGGGACGAAACCUGAAGAAGAUCGAGGAAGACACAGGGACCAGAAUUAAUAUCUCUUCAUUAUUUGAAAUGGCCUAUUGUAACCCGGAGCGGACCAUAGUGGUGAAGGGCUCUCUGGACAACCUCUGCCACGCUGAGAAGGAGAUCAGUAAGAAACUGAGAGAGGCCUAUGAGAACGACGUUGCUGCUAUUCAUCAACAUGCCCACCUAAUGCCAGGCAUGAACCUGAACACUCUGGGCCUAUUAUCCGGUCUGCCCAUGCUGCCCGCUGCAGCUGGAGCCCGUGGUGCAGUGCCCCCUGUGCCCGGCGCAGGGUACAACCCUUUCAUGAGUCACCCUUCACAUCUCAGCAGCAUGUACGGGGUCCCAUCAGGAAGUGCCAUCUCCAACCAGCACUCACAACAGGCUCCAGAACAGGAGGUUGUCUACCUCUUUAUUCCAACUCAGGCGGUCGGGGCCCUCAUUGGCAAGAAGGGUCAGCACAUCAAACAUCUCGCCCACUUCGCUGGAGCUUCCAUCAAGAUUGCACCAGCUGAAAACCCCGAUGUGCACUUAAGGAAGGUCAUCAUUACAGGAACAGCAGAGGCUCAGUUUAAGGCUCAAGGUCGGAUAUUUGGGAAACUGAAAGAGGAGAAUUUCUUCUCGCCGAAGGAGGAAGUCAAACUGGAGACGCACAUCAAGGUCCCCUCGUCUGCAGCGGGCAGGGUCAUUGGCAAAGGAGGAAAGACGGUAACAGAGCUGCAGAAUCUUACAAGUGCAGAAGUUAUUGUACCACGGGACCAAACUCCAGAUGAGAAUGACGAGGUGUUUGUGAAAAUCAGUGGACAUUUCUAUGCCAGUCAGACUGCUCAGAGGAAGAUCCGGGAGAUCGUUCAGCAGGUCAAACAGCAGGAGCAGAAGCACCAGUCGAGCGGCACAGUGUCACCGCACCAUGCCAAGUGACCCCCACCCGGCUCCAGCGGGCACCAGCCAAUGAAUGUAGCCCUCCCACGGACUGACCUCCCACACGGGCCACGGCCAAGGGGACUGGCAGGGCCGACCAGCACCGGGAUCAAACCAAAGAACUUCUGGAGGGAAACAAGUGAGAGCCAAAGGCUGAGGGCAUUCUGUGCACUGCCAGCCCUGUGAGAGUCGGACACACCGUACUGAUACGAAAAUAACACAAAAAAGACCAAAAAAAUCUACAAGACAGGUGGAAAAGGUGGAAACUGUUGUCUUCACAUAAAAACAGAAAUAGAGUCGCCCUGCAUAACGUUAUCUCUUCAGUUGGACUAACAUAGGCCUAACAUCAGAUAAAGCAUUGGUACUAACAUUUGUGAUUUGUUUUGGUUUAGAAAGAGAGCAGAAGACAAUGGACACCUUCGCUCUUCGGAGCUGGAGUGAAGUUCAAGUAUCCUUAGCAGUAUUAAUGCAGAGUAGAUGAAUAUACUGACACACACUAGGCCCACACUGUUGUUUGUACUGAGAUGACAGUGGGACAUAGUGUCCUUUGAACAUGAUGGUUGUUGCAGACACUGACUGAGCUGCGACAGCUUUCCCCUUGUUUCUCUUUGAAACUGAGACAACCCUGAAGUAUAAAUCUAGUGACUGAGUCUUUGUAACAAGCCUGUGUGUGUGCCAACGCAAAAGAUAACGUCCCCUCAUCACUCAGCUAAUGCUACCAUCCUUUAUUUAUCCUCCAAAUCACAUUUCUCGUCGCGCGCUCUCAUCUGCAUCUUUCAAAAUUAUUCUUUUCACUGUCCGCUAACAUUUUAUUUUUCUGUAGCCUUUUGAUAACAUCAAACUGACUGCCACUUUUGCUCAACAGAGGUUAAAGCAGAGAUUUUAUUUUCCACCGGUCCUGUCAUCCUCCCAUGCUAUUCAGGAGACUGUAUCUACAUUCAUGCUUGUCGUCCUGCAAAAUAUAUGAGAAUCCAGAGUUUAUAGAAUCACAGGAGGCAUCCUGUUUGACGAUCAUGUAAAAGAAAAGACGUCUUAAAGAGUCGGUGCACUUUGCUUGUUGCUUUGAAUGUGCACCUUGGCACGCUCAGCCUUACGGGCCACAGAGGAGGCAGUGGUCGGGGGGUGG